AUGUGGGCUCGGGAGAAAUGGGUGCUGUUUGCAUGUGUCGUAACGCGGCUGCUGGUUUCUCUUUUGUUCCCGUCGUUGCAGCAGCAAUUGGACAAAUCGGUUGAAUUCUCGACGCCGUUCACGUCUUAUAGAUCGCUACGGGAAGGUGUCUACAUGCUAAACAAUGGGUUUCAGCCUUACAACGGCGGGGUUGUCCAUCAGGCGCCUCUGCUGGUGGCCAUGAUGUCUUUCAUCGAGUCGGAUGCUCUGGUGGCACUGCUAUACGCAUUGCUUGACGCUGUGGUAGCGUAUCAGCUAACCUGUAUAGCGCAGUGCUUCGCGGCGUCUGUGGACAUCCCUAUAUGGCUGCCUAGCCUGUUAUACUCGUUCAAUCCUCUGGUGCUGUUGUCGUGUGUUAGCAGGUCAUCUGUGAUUUUUACGAACCUCUGCAUAUCCACUGCGGUUCUAUCCGCCUUGCAAGGCGAGAUUGUUGUCGCAUCGAUUGCUAUCGCCACAGCCGGCUACAUGUCGCUGUAUCCUAUGCUGCUGUUGAUACCCCUUCUGUCACUGUUCGACGGCAAGAGCGCCAAGACGAAAGCGGUCAUCUGCUCCAGUCUGACGGCCGUUUCCCUCCUGGCUCUGAGCAACGUUAUUUGCUAUCGUAGCUGGGACUUUCUAGAGGCCACCUACGGCGCGCUGGUUAGAUUUGACAAGCUUUUCCCAAACCUAGGUCUGUGGUGGUAUUUUUUCAUUGAGAUGUUCGAGGCGUUUUUGCCCUUCUUCAAGGCGGUUUUCAACGUCGUGGUUCUAUCCUUCGUCGGUCCUAUCACUCUACGUUUCUACAAGCAGCCUUUCUACGCCUUUGUGCUGUCUCUUGGCUGGAUUGUCAUAACAAAACCAUACCCCACGCUGGGUGAUGCUGGUUUCUUCCUCAGUUUCAUCCCCUUUUUCAAGCCGCUCUACGGAUACCUGAGGUACUCAGUGCUCUCCUGCUUGCUGCUCCUGCAUGCUGUUCUACUGUCACCCAUUUUCUACCAUCUGUGGGUCGGCCUGGGCUCGGGCAAUAGUAACUUCUUCUACGCUAUCACACUGGUCUAUGCCCUGGCGCUCGCCUCCACAGUGGUCGACUUGUGCUGGGCUAUGCUGAGGAUGGAUUACGACCAGGGCAAGCCCAACUACACGCUCAAGAUAACUCAGAUAUAG